GGUUUGGCCCAACACCAAUUCCAAAUAACCUAGCUCACCUUUGCUUCUUUCCAAACUUCUCUCUCUUUUUUUAUCUUAAUCCUCUCUCUGACAACCUAAUUACACUUCCCUUAAUUUCACAAAACCCCUCUUUUUUCUCUCUUUCUUUCCAAUUUAACUAAUAGAGAUGAAGAAGAGGCAAGUGGUCUACAAGAGAGGAGGCGAUCACCACAACUCCAGCAACUCCCCGAACUCGUCGUACGCGGUGAGGACGGUGAGGUACGCCGAGUGCCAGAAGAACCACGCGGCCAACGUGGGGGGAUACGCGGUGGACGGAUGCAGGGAGUUCAUGCCGUGUGGGGAGGAAGGGUCCGGAGGGGCCCUCACGUGCGCGGCCUGUGGCUGCCACCGCAACUUCCACCGCCGCGAGGUUGAGGGGGAGGUGGCCGCCUGCGACGGCUCCUCCUCCCCGACCUCCUCCACCAACAUGUAGAUCAAUAAGGUAAUUAAGAGGGUGUGGGACUUUGGUGAGGUGUCUUGUUUUUGUGAGUGUGUGUUUCUGUGUGUGUGUGUUUGUGAUGAGGUUUGGUUGUGUGUGUGUGUGUUUGUGAUGUGGUUUGGUGAAGGAGUGCAUCAGGUUAAUGCAAUGGAGGAGAAAAAAAAGUUAGGCCUUUUGUUUUGUUUUGUUCUUUCUUUUUGGGGGUUUCUUUUUUGGAAUUUAUUUUUGGGUUUUGUAGGUAGAUAUGAGUGUUGGAUCUUGGUGUACUUGUUUCUGAUUUGGUUUGAUUCAUAUAUAUGUAUAUAUAUAUAUAUGAAGAGAUGUAAAUUCCUAUUGAUGGUUUGUGUUUUUUUUGGGGUUUUGUGUGUGUUUGUAUGAGUGCAAUUGAUGCCUAUUGUUUUUACUUAUAUGCAUGUAAAGCAUGCUGCGGUAAAUUAUUUCAUCUCCUUCUUUUUCCUCCUUUUUUAUGGAGAUCUUUUUCUUUGAUUUUCAAAGAAAAUAGGCCAUUUUAUGUAAUUUUAUCUCAUCCUGAAAAUGGAUUUCUUGGGUUUCUUGAUUUUAUGUAACUUAUUAGUUUGAAGUAGUGGGUGUGGUGUGUCAGUGUGUGUAAACAUGUACAGACAAAUUUGCUGGAAAUAACAAGUGAAAGAAACCUAGUUAGUUCAA